AUGUCGAGUUGUCCUCAUCGUAACGAACUAGAAAGGCUUCAGCCACCAAAGUUGAGCCAGUCCGUACACCGGGAAGAAUGUACGCAGUGUUUCGACAAUCAGGACGGAGAUACGGGUGUGGACGUUUGUUUGAUAUGCUUCAAUGGCGCAUGUCUUGAUCAAACUAGACAUCAUGCUUCAACUCAUGUUUCGCGAUCGGGUCAUUCAUUCACCUUGAACAUAAAACGUACGCCUAAAUCAAAACCCCCUAGUCGUGGCGAUCGGGAGCCACCUGCCAAGAUGACGAAACUGGCUAUCGUGCAAGAACGUGAGGAGGAUAAAUGGGAGCACCACACCUCACUUAAGUGCUGGAAAUGUGAUCCUGGGGAAGGGAAAGUGAUUGUGGCUGAUGUUGAUACAGUGAAGCGGUUGACAGAUGGUGUUAUGGAGUCGCUGUCGUCCGCCCGCCAGUCAGAGGUGCAGGCGUGGGAGGAGGAAAUAACCGCGUGCGAGCACACACUUCUCCUCGAACAGUAUGCAACAGGCAAUAUCCCGGCCGAGGGGCUUGCCCAUUGUGCCUCAUGUGAACUAACUUCAAAUCUCUGGCUUUGUCUCGCCUGCGGUGCACUCGGCUGUGGCCGUCCUCAAUACGGAGGAACUGGCGGUAAUGGUCACGCGCUAGAACAUUUCAACUCCACUCAACAUCCGGUGUGUGUAAAGCUCGGCACAAUUACCCCUGAGGGUGGAGCAGAUAUUUAUUGUUAUGCUUGCAACGAUGCACGUAUUGAUCCCGAGUUACCAACACACCUUGCUACUUUUGGCAUCAACGUUGCAUCACAGAAGAAAUUUGAGAAGAGCAUGACAGAACUCCAAAUCGAACAAAAUCUGGCCUUUGAUUUUUCCCUUACAGCAGAGGACGGAAGCGCCUUGAGGCCUGUCUUUGGUCCAGGUCUCACCGGGCUGAGAAACCUCGGAAACAGUUGCUAUAUGGCAUCUGUAUUGCAAGUCUUAUUUUCCCUUACCCAGUUCCAGCAGCGGUACUAUGGCGAGGUGCUCACAGGAGCCAUUUUGGAUGGCGUAUUUGAAAGAGCGGCCACACACUGGGAGACUUGCUCACAGUCACUUCCUGCAGAUUGUCUCGAGUGUCAGAUGCUUAAAGUUGCAGAUGGUCUUCUCAGCGGCCGAUACUCCAAAUUACAUGCCGAAACACACGCUCCCUGGCAAGCCGGCCUGAGACUUGCUGGAUUCAAAGCCCUUGUUGGAAAGGGGCAUGCGGAGUUCGCAACUAUGCGGCAGCAAGAUGCAGAAGAAUUCUUUGGGCAUCUCCUAACUGUGCUCCGAAGGUUCAACCAUCAAAUUAAUUCCGAUGAGGGCGAACCGAUGGAGGCGUUUGCAUUUGGGCUCGAGCAACGAUUGCAAUGCUUGUCGUGCAGCAAAGUUAGGUACCGAGUGGAUAACAUGGACGUCCUCAGUUUUGGGGUUCCUGCACAAGAGUUUCCUGCAGAUACUGGGUCAGAGUUAAUGCAAUGCCUCGGUCUCCUCCUCGGUGCUACGGGCCAGGAAGAACUUGAGUACCAAUGCGAAGGCGGAUGCGGAAAGGUUUCAGCCGUGAGACUCCUUCGGUUUUCCACAUUCCCGGACAUACUCGUGCUGCACGCAAAGAAGUUCCAAUUGAAGAAUUGGGUGCCGACCAAGCUCGACAUCCCGAUAAUUUUACCAGAAGGGGACGAGCUUGUGCUUGACGCCUUUCUGGGGCAUGGUUUACAGCCUGAUGAGGAGCAACUCCCGGAGUCAUCCUCGGACUCUUCACCCAGCUCACUCCCCCAAUUUAACGCGGAAGCGUUAGCCCAAUUGGAGGGUAUGGGCUUCCCCUUGGUAAGGUGCCAAAGAGCAUUGUUUGCAACGCAAAAUCAGGAUGUAGAGGCCGCCAUGGAGUGGCUUUUUAGUCCAUAUGGACGAUCCUGCUCACUUUACCCUCAUGAAUCAGAUAUCGACGAGCCUAUCCAGUUCAAACUGUCAGGUGCUAACAAGGCCCCAGAGCCUUCGUCUGAGCAAAUUGCAAUGCUGGCAGACAUGGGCUUUACACACGCACAAGCCCGGAAGGCACUCAUUGAAACGAAGCGUGCCGUGGAAUGGUUGUUUAAUCAUUCCGAUGACACGGGAGAAAUCGCGCCAUCUUCAAGUGUUCCUUCGCGCCUGCCAGCGCGGUACCGGCUGAAGGCAUUUAUAUCACACAAGGGGCCUAGCGUGCACUCGGGUCACUACAACGGCGAGUGGGUACUUUUUAACGAUGAAAAAGUCGUGGUGGCCGACAAGACGAGCGUGGAUGAACUGAAAAAUCUCGCAUACAUGUACAUCUUCGAACGGAUUUAA